AUGCAAGAAGAACUUUGCCAGUUUGAAAUGAACAAGGUUUGGGAGCUAGUUCCUAGAACUGAAGAUGUGAACUUCAUUGGUACCAAUUGGAUCUACAAGAACAAAUUUGAUGAAAGUGGUAAUGUGACAAGGAAUAAGGUAAGGACGGUGCAACAUUUUGUUCAACAAAUGCAAUCUAAGUUUGAGAUGAGCCUAGUAGGAGAACUCACUUACUUUCUUGGUCUUCAAGUGAAUAAAAUGGAAGAAAAUAUUUUCAUGUCUCAAAGAAAGUAUGCUAAGAGCAUAGUGAAGCAGUUUGGUCUUGACAAUGCAAUCCAUAAGAGAACUCAUGUUGUAACUCACUUGAAGCUUUCUAGGGAUGAAAAUGGAGAUGAUGUUGAUCAAAGUCUCUACAAAAGUAUGAUAGGAAAUUUGCUAUAUCUCACAACUAGCAUGUUUGAUAUCACAUUUGUUGUAGGUGUAUGUGCUAGGUACCAAGUCAAUCUUAAGGCUAGUCAUCUUACUCAGGUGAAAAGAAUUUUGAAGUACAUAAAUGGGACAUAUGACUAUGGUCUCUUGUACUCUCAUGAUAUAAAUCUCAUACUUGUAGGGUAUUGUGAUGCAGAUUGGGCUCGAAGUGCUUAUGACAGAAAAAGUACAUCAGGGGGAUGUUUCUUUAUUUUUAACAAUUUGAUUUCUUGGUUAAGCAAGAAGUAA